AUGGGGGACGCGGACUUGACAAACGGAACCAGCCAUGACAACAGCGUUCGGCCAGAGGAUGACGACGACACUGCCUCUGAGGAGGCCAGUUACGAUGACGGAGUCUAUCCUGACCUGCAAGAUCUGGCCCUAGAACAGCUUCGGCGGCGCGGACUUCUCCCUACUGGUUGCUGCUACGAUGAUCGCAUGAAACUGCACAUGAAUGCAGAUUUUAGCCCAAACACUCACCACCCCGAAGACCCUCGGCGCAUUCAUGAGAUCUUCAAGGCUUUCAAAAGAGCCGGCUUGGUAUACACAGGGCCAGAAGCUGAGCUGCCCAAGAUAAUCAAGGAAUGCCCUACACGGUACAUGUGGAGAAUUCCUGCCCGUCCCGCCACUAGUCAAGAGAUAUGUUUGGCGCACUCCUCGGAACACAUGACCUGGGUCGAACACUUGGACAAGUUGAGCACCGCGGAACUGCGUGAACUGACCAAGAGAUAUGACCAGGGCCGCGAGUCGCUGUAUGUGGGAAGCAUGUCCUACCCUGCCGCUCUUCUAUCUGCCGGCGGCGCCAUUGAUACAUGCAAGAACGUCGUUGCUGGUCAGGUAAAGAACGCCUUUGCCGUUAUCAGACCGCCAGGUCAUCAUGCCGAAUUCGAUGCCCCCAUGGGAUUCUGCUUUUUCAAUAAUGUGCCAGUCGCCGUUCGUGUCUGCCAGCAAGAUUACUCGGAUAUUUGCCGCAAAGUUUUAGUUCUUGACUGGGAUGUUCAUCAUGGAAAUGGCAUACAAAACAUAUUCUACGAGGACCCAAAUGUCCUUUAUAUCUCCAUCCAUGUUUAUCAAAAUGGACACUUCUAUCCCGGAAAACCCCCAAACCCGGAAACGCCAGACGGAGGCAUCGAGAAUUGUGGUGCUGGUCCUGGACUGGGUAAAAACAUCAACAUUGGCUGGCAUGACCAGGGCAUGGGCGACGGUGAAUACAUGGCUGCGUUCCAAAAGAUUAUCAUGCCUAUUGCCAAAGAGUUUAAUCCAGAUCUGGUGGUUAUUUCUGCCGGGUUUGAUGCCGCAGAUGGCGAUGAGUUGGGGGGAUGUUUUGUCACACCUCCGUGCUAUGCACACAUGACACAUAUGCUCAUGUCACUAGCAGACGGCAAAGUGGCCGUAUGCCUUGAGGGCGGAUACAAUCUUUCUGCAAUUUCAAGCUCCGCAGUGGCUGUCGCACAAACCCUCAUGGGAGAGCCGCCGCCGAAAAUGACGAUACCCAAACUCAACAAGGAAGCUGCACGGACACUGGCCAAGGUCCAGGCUUAUCAGGCUCCAUAUUGGGAGUGCAUGCGUCCAGGAAUAGUCGACGUUCCUGCCGUUCAGUCCCUGAACGCCAACCGUUUGCACGACGUAAUAAGGAGUGCACAGCGUCUGGUUUUACAGGAGAAGCAUAACAUGAUUCCUCUCUAUGUUCAGAGGGACCAGUUGUACAAAUCCUUCGAGAACCAGGUCCUUGUUACGCCGAACCUUCACAAUUCAAGGAGAAUGCUGGUCAUUAUCCACGACCCCCCUCAAUUGCUUGCGCAACCGGAUCCCAUUGAUUCCUCAUUGCAGCCACAUAAUGCUUGGGUAGUGGAUGGGGUAACUCGGUAUAUUGACUGGGCUAUCAGCCAGAAAUUUGGUAUUAUGGAUAUCAAUGUACCAGCUUACAUUACGAAUGACGAGGAUACGGACUCUUAUAUUCCGGGCUAUAGAGAACGAAUCCUUCAAGAACAAGUCCAACAGCUGAUGAAUUAUCUUUGGGAUAAUUUCCUACAAUUGUACGACGCCGACGAAAUAUUCCUCAUGGGAGUAGGUAACGCAUAUUUGGGCGUCAAGGUACUCUUAAUCAACAGAGACUGUAAAUCGAAAUUAUCUGGCGUUGUCAACUUUGUCACAGGAAACCUGCGUCCGGUAAAGUCCGACAUCGACCCAGAUCUCUCACUUUGGUACAAAGAGAAUUCUAGGGUCUAUGUUGCGGGCGACCACGCAUGCUGGUCCGACCAUGACUUGACCAAGAAGGUACAAAAGCGAAGAUUCGGUACCGUUAUUCGCAGUCCCAAGCUCGGCCUCAAUAAGAUGAUGCAGGAGCAUGCAGACGAAGUGCAAGGAUGGAUACUCUCACGAGUCUCAGCUACAAGUCGAGGAGAUACCACAGAGGAAGAGGAUGAAGAUGAUGGGAAUGGGAUUGGUGGUGUGAGAGCAGGCUGA